AACUUAACGUUGCCCGAGGACUGAGCGUGCAGUCCGUCAACUGGGUCUGUCCUGCAGGCAGCAAACCCUCUGACCCCAGUGCCCCAGUCAAGGCCAAAAAAAAAAAGUCUCUGGCGGCCCUGUGCUGUGCUGCACCCAUUCCUCUGGAACCUCCCUCCCGCCCUGCCAAAGCACGACAGCGAACACGGGCUUCCUGGUCCGCGUGCUCGUCGUGUUCCCUUUUCCCUUCCGUCAAUCUUACCCACUAGUUCUCAAUUCCAGUUCACCCGGCCCUGAGAUUCAGCUCACCUCCAACUCGAGCGUGCUGCCUUGCGUCUUCGUUUCAUUUUUGCCCAUUGGUUUUACUCAGAUUUUUUUUUUUUUGCCUUUCUUGUUUUCAUUCUUCCUCUCCCUCACCAGCUCCGGCGACUCUGGGCCUUGACGAUAUCUUCCUUGUCCUUUUCUCUCUAGCCUGCCUUGAAAUUACCCACUCCCGGCAAACUCUUCCCUGGGAACCGACGCCUGUGCUUCCCCAACAGCGGACUUUUUUCUUCUUCUAUUUUCUCCACGUUCCCUGCCGCCUGCCGACGGCACUCGUCCUGUGCAUCGCCGUCACACAUAUUGCAUUGAUCGCGUCUUCGCUUCGCAUCGCCAUUUUUUUUUUUCUGUCACCAACAAGCCACUCUCCCUUCGCCAUGUCGACCGAAAGCUCCGACGACGACAUGCCUUUGGCACGUUCAAAUGGCCACGUCUCCGCGGCUCGAAUCAGCAAGGCAGAGGAUAGCGAGAUGGACAAGACAUUUGUUAAGGGAAAGGUCGCGCCCGUCUCGAUCCGCAAUGGACCGGUAACCGACGACCCCAUGGACGUCGAUGGCCAAACGAACGGCGCAUCAAAGCGGAAGUCGCGCUCGUCGCUGGGCAAUAAGCCCGUCAGCUACAAGGAUGCUUCCGACGAUAGCGACGACGACGCGCCCUUGGCUAAGCGUCAGAAGCCGAACCAUCGCGCCCAGACAGACAGCGACGACGACGACGUGCCUCUUAGCAAGAGGGCCAAGUUGCCUCCGUCCAUCUACGAAACCCGCCUUCCCGACUCCGACUCCGACGACGAGCCCUUGAACGCGAAGCUGGCCAAGAAGAAGGCUGCGAUCGAGAAGAAGGCCAGCAAUGAGGCCAAAGCAAUCCGCGCCAGCGAGGCCAAAUCCAGGAGAACCAGCAUCAAGAAGGAGGAGGAUGAUGAUUCCGACGACGAGCCGCUAGCCAAGACCAAGGCCAAACCAGCUGCGAAACGCCAGUCCAACGGAGCCUCGUCCGCCAAGAAGACGAACGGUGUCAAGAAGGCAGAUUCGGAUUCAGACGAGCCUCUGUCCAAGUCCAAGAAGCCAGCAGCCAAGGGCAAAGCAACAUCUGCGAAAACCGCCGCUGCAUCCAAAAAGGCCGCGCCGGCGAAGAAGGGCGCAUCAGUAAAGAAGGAGGCCAAGCAGGAGAGCGAGGAGGCUGAAGGCGGAGACGAAGAGGAGGAAGAGUACCGCUGGUGGGACGCCCCCAAGAAGGAGGACGACAGCAUUAAGUGGACGAAUCUGGAGCAUAACGGCGUCAUGUUUCCGCCCUCGUACGAGCCGUUGCCCAAGAACGUCAAGCUCAUCUACGACUCUGUCCCGCUGGAGCUGCAUGUGGAGGCUGAGGAAGUUGCCACGUUCUAUGGAUCGAUGCUGAAUUCCGAAGUCAACACAAAGAAUCCGACAUUCAACAAGAAUUUCUUCAGUGGCUUUAAGGACAAGCUCAAGCAGACCGGCGGCGCCAAGGACAAGAAGGGCAACAAGGUCGACAUCAAGGAAUUCGAAAAGCUAGACUUCCAGCCUAUCUUCGCUCAUUACCAGGCGAUGAGCGACGUCAAGAAGGCCAGGUCCAAGGAGGAGAAGAAGCUGGACAAGGAGGAGCGUGACAAGCUGGAGGAGCCCUUCAAGUUCUGCAAGUGGGAUGGCCGUAAAGAGAAGGUUGGCAACUUCCGUGUUGAACCUCCGGGGCUGUUCCGCGGCCGUGGCGAGCACCCCAAGACGGGCACUGUCAAGGAGCGCGUCAUGCCUGAGCAGGUCACCAUCAACAUCGGCAAGGGCGCCAAGGUGCCUCCCGCGCCUCCCGGCCACAAGUGGAAGGCGGUUCAGCACGAUAACAAGGCAACAUGGCUUGCCAUGUGGCAGGAGAACGUGAACGGAAACUACAAGUACGUCAUGCUCGCCGCGAAUAGCGCCGUCAAGGGUCAGGCCGACUUCAAGAAGUUCGAGAAGGCCAGAGAACUCAAGAAGCAUAUCGACAAGAUCCGCCGCGACUACACCAAGGACCUGCGGAGUGAGGUCAUGGCAGACCGCCAGCGGGCCACGGCCAUGUACUUCAUCGACAAGCUCGCGCUGAGAGCCGGAAACGAGAAGGACACGGAGAAUGAGGCUGAGACGGUCGGCUGCUGCUCUCUCAAGUUCGAGAAUGUCACGCUCGUGCCGCCCAAUACUGUCUACCUUGACUUUCUGGGUAAAGACAGCAUUCGCUUCGAGCAGGAGGUCGAGGUCGAGCCCCAGGUUUUCAAGAAUCUUAAGAUGUUCAAGAAGCCUCCCAAGGAGGAGGGGGAUGACAUCUUCGACAGGCUGACCACGUCCCAACUCAACAAGCAUCUUUCGAGCUACAUGACGGGCCUGACCGCCAAGGUCUUCCGUACCUACAACGCUUCUUACACAAUGUCAACUCUUCUGCAGGAGCUCGACGGUCCCAAGAUCGCCAAAAUGACGGAUGCGGAGAAGCUCAAGGCGUACAACGACUGCAAUCGCAGGGUCGCCAUUCUGUGUAACCAUAAGCGCUCAGCGCCCGCGGCGCACGGGGCGCAGAUGGAGAAGCUCGGUGACAGGAUCAAGGGCCAGAAGUACCAGAAGUGGCGCACCAAGAUGAUGAUCCUUGAUCUGGAUCCUAAGCAGAAGAAGAAGAAGGGUGCUGCCUUUUUCCAGCGGGAGGAGGAGCUGACGGACGAGUGGGUCAAGUCGCACCAGCAGUUCCUCGUCGAGGAGAAGAAGACCGCCAUCACCAAGAAGUUUGAGAGGGACAACGAGAAGCUCGUCAAAGAGGGCGACAAGAAGCUGCCCGACAAGGAGCUCAAAGAGCGCCUCAAGGUGGCGUCGGAGCUCGAGGCUAAGUUCAAGAAAGAGAACAAGACCCACAAGGUUGAGGCCGAGGGCCGCGGCGUCACGGUCGAGAAGCUCGAGGGGAACAUCGAGAAGAUUGAGGAGCGUAUACGGAACCUCGAGAUCCAGGCCGCAGAUCGUGACGGCAACAAAGAAGUUGCCCUGGGCACGUCCAAGAUCAACUACAUCGACCCACGUCUCACCGUGGUCUUCUGCAACAAGGCCAAGGUCGGCAUUGAGAAGUUCUUCUCCAAGACCCUGCGUGACAAGUUCAACUGGGCCAUCCAGUCGGUUGGAGACGAUGCCGAGUGGGAGUUCUAGCCGCCCGAGAUGGUCCGUCUUGAAUCAAUCAGGGCCGACCUUCGCCUUGGCGCUAUGAUCGUGCCAAAGUUUGUAUUUUGGAUACCACGUUAGACGCGAAGCACCAAGAUCUCUGCGGCAUUUCUCUACAUACAUACGCAAUUCUUCUCGAGAGCUGUUCGCAUUGGCAGUCGGGCAGGCUCAGCCCUAUUGCAAGUCUCUAACGUGGUUUCUUUGGUAACUACUUGGUGGAAAUUCUUUUUUUUUUGGCAUGGCGAUAGGAGGAGUCGAGGAAGGGGGGUCAAAAGGUCGGCGGCUGCUUGGGCAUGAGCCAUGAUUGCAUGCGCAUCAGUUCCCUCGAGAUAGGGGCUCGGUGGGACCAUCAAUCGGACGGAUGCCAUGGCGUAUCCGACGAGCUCCCGCCUUUGUUGCUUUACUUGAAUAUAGACCCGAGGCGAUGACUUUAGAUGAGAAAUGGCAUCAUUCUUCAUACACACUGGUUUAGAGUAGGG